GUGCCUCCUCACUCUCCCCUUCUCUCUGUGUUGCCUCCAGCCACAGCGGAAAACAUCCUCCAUCAUGACCACCCUAACUCGCUCAUCCUCUUCCUCUGUGAGGUCCUCCAUGGGGGGCAUGAGUGGUGGACGCUUGGUGUCCAGCAUGAGGGCCCGCAGCGUGUACGCAGAAUCAGGAGGCUCAGGGGUCCGGAUCUCCUCUGUUAGUGGCGGCGGCGGUGGCGGCGGCGGCGGCGGCUACUCAUCCUCCUACAGCUACAAUGUGUCAGGCAACGACGACAGCGUCAUCGGCAACGAAAAGUUCACCAUGCAGAACCUGAACGAACGCCUGGCUGCCUACCUGGCCAAGGUGGCCGCUCUGGAGAAGGCCAACGCCGAGCUGGAGCUGAAGAUCAGGCAGUUUGUGGAGAGCAAGGUCGGCCCCUCCACCAGGGACUACAGCGCCUUCUACGCCACCAUCUCUGACCUCACAGACAAGAUUCAGGGAGCCAUCAGGGUGAACGGAGCCGUCAACCUCAGCAUCGACAACGCCCGCCUGGCUGCAGAAGACUUCAGGUGCAAGUACGAGAACGAGCUGGUCAUGCGUCAGUCGGUGGAGGCGGACAUCGCCGGGCUGAAGAGGGUCCUGGAGGAGAUGAACAUGGCCAAGACGGACCUGGCGAUGCAGAUCGAGGGUCUGAAGGAGGAGCUUAUCUACCUCAGGAAGAACCAUGAGGAGGAGCUGCUGGCGAUGCGCGCCCAGAUGAGCGGUCAGGUGAACGUUGAGGUGGACGCCGGUCCGUCAGUGGACCUCGGUAAGAUCAUGGCUGAUAUCAGAGAGCAGUAUGAGACCAGCGCUGCCAAGAACCAAAGAGAGCUCGAGGCCUGGUUCCAGACCAAGUCAGAGGCUCUGAGCAAAGAGGUGGUCACUCAGACGACCACUCUGCAGACAUCCAGGACAGAAAUCACAGAGGUCAAACGCACGCUGCAGAACCUGCAGAUCGAGCUGCAGACCCUGCUCGGCUUGAAAGCGUCUCUGGAGGGAUCUCUGGCCGAGACUCAAAACCGCUACGCCGUGCGGCUCUCCGGAUACCAGUCUCAGGUGAUGAUGCUGGAGGAGCAGCUGGUUCAGCUGAGGGGCGACCUGGAGCGUCAGGGACAGGAGUACCAGAUGCUGCUGGACAUCAAGACCAGGCUGGAGAUGGAGAUCGCAGAGUACAGGAGGCUGCUGGACGGAGAGGCCAGCAGCAGCAUGUCCUCCUCGUCCACCUCCACCUCCACAACAAAACGGACAGUGACAGUGGUGGAGACGGUGGUUGAUGGGAAGGUGGUCUCCUCGUCAUCCUCUGCCACCGCCUCUGUCCUGCAGAGAUGAGGCAGACAGCCAGUCUUCAUCAUCAUCAUCUUCACUAUCAUCUUUCAGGGAUGUCGAUCAGAAAUUUUGAUGUUUAAUCAAUAAAACAAGAGUCAAGAUAAA